AUGUCGACACGCGCCGCCGCCGCUGCGGCCGCCGCACGGUCUCGCAACCCAGAUACGAUGGACGUCGAUGAACAGGAGGAGGACAUCUUUGGUCCUCAGCCUGAGGCAGACUCCAGCGGGCUGGAUGACGGCAGUAGCGACGAUGAAUACGUCGAGGAAGACGAGAACGCGCAACAACAAGGCGUCAAGCACAAACGAGCCCCGAGGGAAGACCCCGGUAACGAUGUGAUCUUCCAGUCCUUCCAACAGGACCUGGCGCAGAUCGACGAGGAGGAGCUGCACACUUCGGCGAAGCGGCCAGCCAAGAGAAGACCUAGCCACGAGGUGCAGCUGCUGCUUGGACGAGCCAACUUGGCAUACAUUACGCAAGAUCACAAUGAAGCGGUGAACUUGUUCCUCGAAGUUAUUCGACACGAUCCGCAAGUUCAAGCAGCAUGGUCGACACUUGCAUCCGUCUAUGAAGAAAUGGGCAAUGUCGAGAUGGCUCGACAGAUGAAGUUCUGUGGUGCCCAUAUCGAGGAAGACAUUGGCACCUGGCGAGAGUUGGCUGAUCAGUUCCGCUCUGAGGGCAACCUUACACAAGCGCUGUACUGUUACCGCAAAGCGCUGAAGAUCGACGGCUCCCGACUGGACAUCGUGUGGCAGCUCGUCAACAUCUACCGGGAGACGCAGUCGUACAACAUGGCUGUCGAGGCUAUCCGCAAGAUCCACCGCGCCGAACCGACGUAUCUUCGCGAUUUCAACAUGCUCAUGGAAGUGCAUGCGCUCAUCGUUGAGACGAAGAAGGCUGCGUUCGGUGCCGAGGUCUUCGGUGACGCUUUCAUGUUCCAUUUUGCGACCUUCAACGGCCCCGACGACCAGAAGCCGGGCAUGGAGCCAAACACCAUGAAACUCGAACACAUUGUGGUCUACGUCGACUAUCUUCUCAAGUCCGGUGACCUCGACGGUGCCGUCAGCGCCAUCCACCGCGGCCAGCGUUGGCUGCAGGGUCGCAAGCAUGAGAAGGGUUGGGAUGCAGCCGAGGACGACAGCGAGUACUAUGCUCCACGCGACGAUGAGGACUUUGCCGAGGAGAGCGCCGGAGGCUAUGAGCUGGACUACCAAUUGCGGUACCGACUUGCCAUUGCUCGGUUGCGCUUAGGCCAUGACGAGGAGGCUAUGAGCAGCAUCGGGUUCAUUCUUGACCUCGAUGCGGACAUUCACACCUCCUUGUUCAUCGAGCUCGGCGAAGCGCUGAUGAAGCGACAGAUGUGGGAGCCUGCGUUGGAGUUCUGGGCAGCUCUGCAUGACCGCAACGAGGACGACCCGACCAUCAUUUACAAACUUGGUAUCUGUCAGCACCAGCUGAAGCGCAAUGCUGAAGCACUGGAGAGUCUGAACUGGGUGUUCAGAAGAGCAACCUGGAAGCCCGACUCGAGCUGGCCUCCGUUCUGGAAGAUAUGGGCAGGAAGUCAGAAGCCCUCGACCUCGUCUCUGAUGCUGAAAGGUAGCGGUUCCGAGCAGCGGCUUACCAAGCGUGUUCUGGAAAACCAAGCUACCGCCACGAUGGCUUCCCUCUGGGAGGAGGUGCAGGAGGCUGAACAGGGCAUCAACGAGGGUGAACCAUGGGCUUUGGACAAGUUCAUUCACUCUGCAGGCACCAUGGUCGAGACAUUCCGCCUGGCGAAGAGCAACUUCACCAAGAACCGAGGUAUCACUCGAGUGUUGAAGAACCGGAAGUAUGGCUCCAAGGGCGACGCCGAUUCGCGACUCAUGGCCAUGCACGACCGUCUGGAGCGCGUCCUUGGAUUCGAGGACGAAACUCCGUUAGAUCAAACGCGACCAGAUUACGAGGUCGUGCGACAGACAUCCUUCUACGGCAUCGGCACUGAGGACUGGUUGGCGCUCACGAUCAAGUACUGCUGCGUCCUUAUGGUGAAGAACGAGGAGGACGUCGCAAUGGACAUCCUUGAGCACGUUGUCUGGUCUGGCCUAUUCAACAACCGACGUUGCGAAAUCGCUUUGCGACUGGCGACGGUCGCAUGCGCGAUGCGAAUGCAAUCGCAUGACCGGAUCGUCGACAACUGCAAACGUCUCCAGCAAAUGCACCAGUUCCGCUCUGAGCCGCUGCUGCUGAUGCUGGCAGCUCUCGGAGGCGGUCUCAAGCAGCAGAACGCGUGGCACAACCUCGCUCUGCAAAAGUUCCUCCACCGUGAAGUUCGAAUCUACGACGAGGCAGUGUGCGGCGUGCCUCUUCGGUUCAACAAGCGACACAUGCGCUGGGCGCAGAUCAUCAACACUGGUGUGUCCCGACGUCUGGGAGAUCUGGCCCAUGAAGAGGUGGACGACGAAGCUUCUGCCGGUGUUUCGGCCCCGGAUCCCACUGUGGAUGGAGAGGGUGACGAGGAUGAGGACGGCGCGGACGGCGAUGACGACGUGUCUGAGCGACAAGACGCUGGGGACAAGAUUGUGCCGCGACCGAAGAAGCACUCGCCCGUCUUCAACGCCCUCUAUGGGCAGAACAUGCUCACAACCCGCUCCUAUCAGAGUGCACUGUUCUACUUCAUGCGUGCAUAUGAGGCGAACCCGUAUGACCCGUACCUGUGCUUCCUCAUUGCCCAAGCCUACCUCGGAAGAGCGUUAAACCGCCAAUCGGACAACAGGAACUAUCAGAUUGCCCAGGGCCUGGCGUUCCUGAGCCGAUACCGCAAGCUCAGCGCGCAGGACACAGCAACACAGGAAGAGGUCGAGUACAACUACGGGCGGUGCUUCUACCAGCUCGUCCUCGACUCUGUGCGCGCCCGCAUGGAGGAGGCGGAUGAUGAGGGGCGCGAAGCGAUCCGCAAGUCGUCAGUUGCGUGGGAAGCUGCGCACAACCUCGUUCUCAUCUACACGGCAUCUGGCUCCAUCGAUCUCGUUCGAGCCCGAAGCGAGGAGUGGCUGCGAUUGGAGUAG